CAAUUGCGUCUUGUAAUUUUAUUUGUGCAAAUUAGCCUAAUCCAAGCCCAAGUUAAACAAGGCCCUUGACGUAUGAAACGACGUCGCAACUUACUGUGACAGACUGAUAGCGACUUCCGGCGGCCGUCGUUCUUUGAGAUCUCCGCGUUCACAUGUAUGAGCUUCUGUUGUCUGCAUUCGUUUGAUUACACAGUUCUUGAAAGGCGCAGUUUGAUCACAAAGAGUUGGGUUAAUUGCAUAUUCAAUAUGGUUGCUGCUGCUUAUCACCAAGCAAUACAUUUCACAAGUUGCAGCUGCCUUGCUGCCAACGAGGGCACUAGGAACUUCUUGGUCACAUCUUCAUCUGGGAAUCUUAAAAUCAAACCAGUGUUUAGGAAAGAGAGAUGCAGUUUGAGGCAGUCUGUAAACUGCAUGGAGUAUUCAUCAAAUUCAUCUUUAUGUGCUAUUAAGCCAAUUUUCUCCUCAUUGUCAAGUACCAAUGAUUCGCGGAGAACAGUACCUGAAUCAUACUUGAUCUUAAUACGGCAUGGAGAAUCGAUGUGGAACGAAAAGAACCUGUUCACUGGUUGUGUAGAUGUGCCACUUACCAGUAAAGGAGUAGAAGAAGCAAUUGAAGCCGGUAAGAGAAUUAAACACCUACCCAUUGAUGUCGUCUACAUCUCUGCAUUGAUUCGUUCUCAGAUGACGGCGAUGGUUGCUCUAACAGAGCACCACUGCAAGAAGGUGCCCAUUGUUGUACACAAUGAGACUGAACAAGCCAAAGUAUGGAGUCAAAUUUAUAGUGAAGGCACUGAGAUGCAAUCUGUUCCUGUUAUUAAAGCAUGGCAACUGAAUGAAAGAAUGUACGGGGAACUUCAAGGGUUUAAUAAGCUGGAAACAGCUGAAAGAUGCGGGAAAGAGCAAGUCUAUAAAUGGCGCCGAAGCUAUGAUGCUCAGCCACCCAACGGUGAGAGCUUGGAAAUGUGCUUGCGAAGAGCUGUUACCUAUUUCAAAGAGCAAAUUGAACCCCAACUUUCCAGUGGAAAGCAUGUAAUGGUAGUAGCUCAUGCGAAUUCAUUGAGGUCCAUCCUAAUGUAUCUCGAUAAAUUGACUGCUGAGGAGGUCAUCCACUUAGAACUCUCAACCGGAGUGCCAAUGCUUUACAUAUAUAGAGAAAAUCAAUUCAUCAGAAGAGGAAGUCCCUUGGGAUCUAUGGAGGCUGGAGUUUAUGCUUAUACAGAGAGUUUGGCCUUAUACAAGCAAAAUCUGUUAGAUGAAGUGCUAGAUGAAGUGUCUUUAUAACUUUUGCUCCCGAAAAGAAAAGACUAUCAUGCAAAAGCUUAAAUAUCUUCAUGUUGCUGGAAGUUCAUUGAGGCUUUUUGAGUCGUCAAUAAUCCUGAGCCAACAUGGAAGACAGUUUUUCGUAGCUAUGUGUUGCAGCAGUCAAUUUAUGGAGUUUCUCAACGCAAAUUGAGCCCCUCGUUGUGGUUCAAGUGAGUACACCAGUGGAGAUCUGGCAACACAAUAUGAGGACUUCUUGCGGAACAAGGAAUAUCAAAUCAAAAGCUGAUUCUACUUGGCUGUUUCGUGCUAUCCUCAUUUGAGGAACUAUGUGAAUUCAUUUUUUAUGUUCCUUUAGCCAGAGUUUCUCCCAUAUUCAUUAGAUAUAAUUGUUUUCUAAGGAGGGUUUAAGCUACAGAUUAGGGUGAGAGCAGAAGAAAAUUACCUAUUAGUUUCUUAAUUAAACAUAAGGUCUAGGCGUUCUUCAAUAAUUUAAACUUUGAUGGA